AACGUUCAUUGACGACGAGAAAAAUCCCAAAAAGAUAAAACCAAAAAAAAAUGUAGAAAAGAGGAAGAAUAAAAAUAGCUGGCAGGAAGAAGAGUAGAAGAGGAGGGAAGAGGGGACGAAAAUAAUCGAGAGCUUUCUCUCUCUAUUCCUCUCUUUUCGCCCGGAUGGGCUUCCUUCUUCUCCAUCUCUGCUUCUUAUCCCUCCUCCUCAUCGUUUUCACCGCCGCCGUCCAUGGCGCCAAUUCCUCCGCCUUUCGGACCUCAAUCCCUCGCGAUCUCUACCAUUCGAGUGGUGCUUUGUUGAAUGAAAUCAAGGCCUUGGUGGGUCGGCAUCCAGAUGUGUUAACUAUGGAAACAAUGAGGGCAGACAAUAAGGGAUAUGCAGCAGAAAUUGUAGUGGUCACAUACAAUCAUGUCAAGAAGCAGACAAGUAACAAGUCAAAGUUCCGGAUCCUUCUGAGCUUUGGGCAGCACGGGAGGGAGCUUAUUACCUCUGAAGUCGCAUUGCAUCUACUUUCAGUUCUAGCCAGAGAGCAAAAGAUACUCAGCAUGAAACCGGCAUCCUUUAACAAAAUAUUGGAAAAUAUUGUAAUUAAGGUGGUUCCAAUGGAAAAUCUGAAUGGUCGCAAACUUGUUGAGGCGGGGGACCUUUGUGAGCGAAGAAAUGGAAGAGGAGUUGAUCUCAACAGAAAUUGGAGUGUGGACUGGGGGAAAAAGGAGAAGGACUAUGAUCCAUACGAAGAAAAUCCUGGAAUUGCCCCUUUUAGCGAGCCUGAGGCUCAAAUAAUGCGGAAGCUCACCAAAUCAUUUGAACCACAUAUUUGGGUGAAUGUACACUCUGGGAUGGAGGCUUUAUUUAUGCCAUAUGAUCACAAAAAUUCUACACCGAGCGGACUCACAUCACGCUUAAUGAGGUCAAUGUUACAAGACUUGAAUCAUCGUUACUUUCAAGACAAAUGCUUAAUUGGUUCUGGUGGAGGCUCUGUUGGGUAUCUUGCACAUGGAACAACAACUGACUACAUGUAUGACAUUGCCAAGGUUCCAAUGGCUUUCACUUUCGAGAUUUAUGGAGACCUGUCAGCCUCUUCAAAAGACUGCUUCAAAAUGUUCAAUCCAGUAGAUAAAGUUACAUUCAAUACAGUGCUCAACAAAUGGGUUGCAACAUUCCUCAUGCUUUUUGAGAUGGUGCCCAGCCGGAUAGACAGUAUCCAUUUGGCAGUCUCUGCGGUCAAGUGGGUUCCUAUAGGUGGUAAUGUAGUAGAUGGAAGCUUGAUAGGUGAUAGUAGGGAAAGCAAGAAAAUUGAGGGCCUCGAACUUGGGAUGCAAGAAUUAAGAACUUAUUUCAGGCUGUUCUUGCUAUCUUCAGUUUUAUUGAUGUUCAUGUUUUGUUCAAGGAUAUCAAAGAGUAAAUGCAGACCAACAUACUCAAACCUUUCAAUUUGAAUUUGAAUAGGGGCAAGUCAUCUGUUUAUCAUUUUCCUAAGUUGCUUCUAGAUUUAUGGCAAGAAAUGCAUGGGCGGGAACAGCUCUGAUGGCAUUACAUCAAGGUAUGGACUAGAAGACAACCCUUUCUAACACGUUAUAUGUUCAGCCAAUGCUUUAUUAUUUUGAUAAUAUCAUGAAGGGGUUGAGUCCAACCUUGAUUAGGCAGUUUUUUCAGCAUGUUAGAAUAUAAUGUUGCAGACAGAUCCUGUGGUGAUGGUUCAUGCAAGACAAUUAGGUAGGGCUGAAGCUGUAGAGGUAUUAGAAGACAUGCAAGAUAAUUGGUGCUGCUUGGCUAGGUGAACGACAACCAAGUGUUUGACUAAAUGUUUCCUGCAAGGCAGUCUUUCAAAUUGUGCUUGCAAUGCUUGCUACUGUCGGUCCGGGGAGGCUUGUGUGAUUGCAAACAAUUUUGUUUUGACAAUCACGCUUUAUUCCUUUAUAAACAUGUAAUCGAUUAACUUCUACCGCCGGAAUUUCUGUAUAUUCUUUGUUACAAGUCUGUCUUUCAUUUAAAUUCAUGUGUAUUACAAAAAGUGAGAUAAUAGUGCCAUGAUCGUUAUGGUGACAAAAUCCCAUCUCCUCUAAGGCAACUUGUGAAGUAAUAAAUUUAUUGGUAA